GCGGGGGUGGGGAAAGCUCCGGCGGCCGGCUUGCCUUUCUCCGUCGCUGCUGGUUGGAGCGUUUCAAUAAGUCUCUUUUCUCUUUCGCUCGCUCUCCUCCCGGGAACAAGCGGAGGCGUCAAGCCGCAGUCACCGAGUGAGAAAGUGACGCUCACGCAGCGAGCGAAGCAGCUGUCCGCGGUCUCCUCGGCUCUCCACGGUCCGGCCCCAGAGCCCGGGGAGAAGGAGGAGCCCGCGUCCGGCUGGGCCACCUCAGCCCGGAGUCAGCGCCUCUGCGCCCGCCUCGCUCCCGCCCCGGCUUCUCCGAGGGGAUUAGUGGGCCGCCCGCGCGGCUCCGCAGUCCGGGAGCCAUGUUGACCGGGGGGCUUAGUAACGCGUGAGGGACUCCUGGCCCCUCCCGGAGGCCCCGGACCCUCGGCAAGAGCCGGAAGGCGGCGACGGCGGAGGCCUGCGCCUCGGAGGCGCCUAGGGUCGCUGGGCGGCUGGGACACGGACCUGCAUCCGGUCGCGGCGGGCGUCAGCGGAGCCGCUUUCCCUCCGCGCCUCGCCUGGCCCAGGGACUUGGCCCCCGCACUUGCUGGAUUUUUCAAGCCACAUUAAAUUGAUAGGAUGAAAAAAUUUAAGAGGCGGCUAUCCCUCACGCUUCGAGGAAGCCAGACUAUUGAUGAAUCAUUGUCUGAAUUGGCUGAACAAAUGACUAUUGAAGAAAACAGCAGCAAGGAUAAUGAACCUAUUGUGAAGAAUGGCAGGCCACCAACGUCUCACAGUAUGCAUUCCUUCCUCCACCAGUACACAGGGUCUUUCAAGAAGCCCCCAUUGCGGAGACCACACAGCGUUAUUGGAGGAAGCCUUGGCUCCUUCAUGGCAAUGCCCAGAAAUGGAAGCAGAUUAGAUAUUGUUCAUGAAAAUUUAAAAAUGGGGUCAGAUGGUGAGAGUGAUCAAGCUUCUGGGACAUCAUCUGAUGAAGUCCAGUCCCCUACAGGUGUUUGUCUUAGAAAUCGUAUACAUAGACGAAUCUCAAUGGAGGAUUUAAAUAAGCGAUUAUCAUUGCCUGCAGAUAUCAGAAUACCUGAUGGAUAUCUUGAAAAGUUGCAGAUAAACAGCCCACCAUUUGAUCAACCAAUGAGUCGACGGUCUCGUAGAGCUUCUUUAUCAGAAAUUGGGUUUGGGAAAAUGGAAACCUACAUCAAAUUGGAAAAGCUUGGAGAGGGUACAUAUGCAACUGUAUAUAAAGGCAGAAGUAAAUUGACAGAGAACUUGGUGGCAUUAAAAGAGAUCCGUUUGGAACAUGAAGAGGGUGCACCCUGCACAGCUAUUAGAGAAGUUUCACUGUUAAAGGAUCUAAAACAUGCAAAUAUAGUUACGUUACAUGACAUUGUUCACACAGAUAAAUCUUUGACUUUGGUCUUUGAGUAUCUGGAUAAAGACCUAAAACAGUACAUGGAUGACUGUGGAAAUAUCAUGAGUAUGCACAAUGUAAAGCUAUUUUUAUACCAAAUUUUACGUGGUUUGGCAUAUUGCCACAGAAGAAAGGUGUUGCACCGAGACUUGAAACCACAGAACCUCCUCAUUAAUGAAAAAGGAGAAUUAAAGCUAGCAGAUUUUGGACUAGCCAGGGCCAAGUCAGUUCCCACAAAGACCUACUCAAAUGAAGUUGUCACACUGUGGUACCGGCCUCCUGAUGUGCUUCUCGGUUCCUCAGAGUACUCAACACAGAUUGACAUGUGGGGUGUUGGUUGCAUUUUCUUUGAAAUGGCUUCUGGAAGACCGCUAUUUCCAGGAUCAACUGUGGAAGAUGAACUGCACUUAAUUUUCCGACUGCUAGGAACUCCAUCUCAGGAAACUUGGCCGGGUGUUUCUUCAGAUGAUGAGUUCAAGAACUACAACUUCCCAAAAUAUAAACCACAGCCUCUAAUUAACCAUGCACCUAGGUUAGAUUCUGAAGGAAUUGAAUUGAUAACAAAAUUUCUUCAGUAUGAAUCUAAGAAAAGGGUUUCAGCAGAAGAGGCCAUGAAACAUGUGUAUUUUCGAAGUCUGGGACCAAGAAUACAUACCUUAUCUNUAGGUGUUUCAAUAUUCAGUUUGAAAGAAAUUCAGUUGCAAAAGGACCCGGGUUUUCGAAAUUCUUCUUAUCCAGAGACAGGACAUGGGAAGAACAGAAGACAGAGCAUGCUCUUUUAAGUCUGAUAACAUGAUUUCAAGCCCAGCCCCCCAGCCUUUCUUAUCAAUCAAGGACUCAGAUCUGAAGGCAGUUAUUUCUUUUGGUGGACUUGGAAUCUCCAUUUGUCGACACUGUCCUCUUCACAGUGGAGUCUUUUUAUUUCAGACCUACAGAUUGUUUUUAUAUUUGUUGUCACAGUGUGACAAUUUUUUUGUACAGUUGGUUUUAAAGUCUCCUCUGCCGUUAGAGCCAGUAGGUUACAGCUAUUGAUGUAACUGUAGCUGCAGUUUUUGUGCAGGACUGAGAAACACAGUGCAUUAUUUAUUGCAGAAUCAUUGCUGCUAAAUAACUACUGUCUGUUUAUUUAACACACCAGUUGAAUGCCUGAAGAAGUUGCAGUGGCUUUAUUAUAUGUGAAUGCAUCUGUUUCUCCUCACAAAUUGUUUGACUGCUGCAUUUUUUGUUCGUUUGUUUGUUUUUAAAAUUAAACUGCAGUGUUUCCUGGAAUGUAAAUUUAGCUUUGCUUAACAGUAAAAUAAGUGAGCCAUCUUGAACACUCUGAGUUCAUGCUAUAUAAUUUCUUAUUGAAAAUUGGCAGAUAGAGUAGUUAAGAGAUUGAUAAGCACAUUAUGUUUAGGAAAGCAUGUGAUGCAGAAGGUAAUUCAAGCAAGUGAAUACCAGACAUUUUGGGGAUUUCUCGUUAGACACCAGUAAUCACAGCACCAGAAUUAUUUAUUUUUAUCUAUUCCUCAUUUUAGAAAUAUCUACUGCAUAUUACUGGAUAUUUGUAUACUAAUACACUUAACUAAUUUUACAUUGUGCUUUAAUUCAGUUGAAACUAAACUAUACAAGUCCAGUCAAACAUGAAAGGUCUUGCUCUUGUUUUUUUAAAUACAUUACUUUUUUUUUUUUUUUUUUU